AUGGGGUUUGUGACUAAAUUAUUAAAAUAUGGGUUUUAUUUAUAUCUCUUGUCAUCAUUCAAGAGUGUUCCUGGCGCGUAUUUCGUGAGAUUCUACCGUCAUGUAUUUAAAAAUAUUUUUAUUCCACUUUUGUUUGGUGAAAAGGGUGAUUCUGGUGAAAUGCAAAAAAUCCAAUCAAAAUUAAGAAAUGAUAAAUAUGGUGCAAUGGCUCAAACUAAACUAUCUACUUAUGUUUCUCCUAUGGAGUGUGAUUUUUAUUUCCAUAAAAAUAAUGCUACUUAUUUCGAAGAAUUGGACGUUAGUAGAUGCGAUCUUAUGACUAAAAUCUUCCAAGGUUUGUUUACCAAUUGGGGGAAACAAUGGCCCUAUAUCCCUGUGGCUAAUGUUUUCACUAAUUAUUUAAAAGAAUUGAGACCAUUUGAAUCUUAUAACGUUUAUUCCUCAAUCAUUUGUUGGGACAAUAAAUGGAUCUAUGUCUUAAGUAGGUUCACUAAACAAAACGAUAAAGUACUAUGUUCUUUAUCCCUAACUAAAUAUGUAUUGAAAGAAAGAAGAAAGACUAUUCAACCUAAAAUGGCAUUGAUGGAAUGUGGGUUAUGGAAUCAAGAAGUUGAAAAAUUAUCUUCUAAAAAUUAUAAAAUUUUAACUGAAAAGUGUGGGUUUCAUGAAACUACACCAUUAGAAGAGAUGGAUUUCUCUAAAUUCUUAAUCAUAUAA